AUGUUGGAAACGUCAAGGCGGAAAUCUCUGGCCUGGCUGAACAGUCGCUAUAUCUAUGGCAGAAUUCCAUUGCUACACACAAUCAUUUUUCUCGUCGAGAUAGCCAUGGCCGCACGGCUCCUGGCCAAAUUCAAUUCAUAUUACAGGCAGAAACCCAUCUUGACUACGAUGAUUACCAAUGCGAUCCUUGGCGGCAUUGCAGACACCGUAGCACAGUCAAUAACCGCUAUCCGAGCGAGACAGGCAAUGCUGCGCACCAGUAUUGAUUCUAGGUCCUUCAUCUCUUCUGGUGUCGAACUGGAGGACCUCAACGAGAAACCUGCCAGACUCUCUCCUACACUCUCUCCCAGAUACCCGGGCCCUCAGCCUUUUGACUUUGAACGCCUGACGAGAUUCAUGGCCUAUGGCUUCCUGAUGGCCCCUAUCCAGUUUGUGUGGUUCGCCCAUCUCACGAAAUGGUUUCCAAUCACUUCAAAAAGUGGCACUGUGCCCGCGCUGAAAAGAGUGGCAAUGGAUCAACUCAUUUUCGCCCCCAUCGGUCUUUCCGCCUUCUUUACUUUCAUGACAGUUGCCGAAGGCGGAGGCCGACCGGACAUCAUCAAGAAAUUCCAGGACGUCUACGUUCCUACUUUGAGAGCCAACUACAUUCUUUGGCCUGCCGUACAAAUUCUCAAUUUCCGGGUGAUGCCUCUUCAGUUUCAAAUACCCUUUGUGAGCGCGGUCGGCAUUGCAUGGACGGCAUAUCUGAGUCUAGCGAAUUCGAGCGAAGAGGAGGCAUUCCAGUAA